AUGAGCUAUGUCCUUACGAAGCUGAACGAAACUGGCGAGACUGACCGACGUCGAGGGAGUGGAAGACCCCGAAGUGUCAAAGAUCAGGAUGUCGUUGAUCAGCUGAAUAAACUCUUUGCCAUCCAGGAAGAUCAACCACCCGGCUCGAAUCUUUCAGUGAGGGUAAUGUCCCAACGCAUUGGGGUUGCAAUAUCCUCAGUUCGCCGCGUGAUCAAGGAGGAUCUUAAACCCCGAGCGCAGUUAAAUGUGCAGAUGGCGAAAAGGUUUCUUGACAUAUUGAGGGUAGAUGAAAAUGCCUCAGGGGAUGAAAUCCGUUGGGGAGCGAAGAGGCGUAUCAUGGAGGUACUUGAGGCUUACGAGGUGCUGUGUGGCAAUAAGAGAAGAAAGAAUCAUGACAAACACAGAGAGGAGGGAUUCCAGAGUAGGGUCACUGGAGGAGGUGGUGGACGAGGAUCUGGAUUCACAUGCCCAAAAGAAACAUUUGCGGAAUUCUUCGGCCCUAACAAUCCCUUUGAAACCUUUAACAUGGAUAGGCCCGGUCAAAAGGCUUCUGAGAAACCCAGUCACGAGAAUGUUGAUGACCUUUUGGAUUCCUUUGGUUUCCGUGGAUCUCGUGUUGGUGACGGGGAUUCAAACUCACGUCGUUCAUCCUCUAAGGGAAGUUCAAGCCAGGGCCAAUCCAAGCCAAAAAGUCAAGAUCCUCCUAUCGAACACGAUCUAUAUGUUACCCUGGAGGAACUCCAAGAAGGCUGUGAGAAGAAGAUGAUGAUCACUCGAAAAAUGACAGGGAUAGAUGGAAAGACGAAGCAGGAAUCCAAGCUCCUCAUCGUCAACAUCAAGCCAGGCUGUAAAUCCGGGACAAGGAUCACUUUCGAAGGAGAGGGAGAUCGAGGUUCACGCGGGAAUCCAACAGAUGUAGUGUUCAUCAUUCGGGAUGAGCCUCAUCCCCUCUUCAAGCGAGAGGGGAGUGACAUCAGAUACACAGCCAAAAUCUCCAUACAAGAGGGCAAAGCGGUGUGUUCUACAAAACCCUCGGGAGAGGAACUUCCAACGUUCAAUUCCCUGUUCCCAGAUGUGAAGAGUCACUAUGUUCCCUCAGAGAAGGCAGUUUCUGACGAAGACAUCGCUUUUCUACAUGCUAAAUUGAAAGAACUAAAUGUGAAUUGUCCUAUGAAAAACUGGUACCUUCAUCUUGAACCCGAGUUCAAGGGUCCCGUCGCGCCUUCUAUCGAAGACUUUACUACUCUUUAUCUACGUGAUCCAGCCGAGUUCUUCAGUGCCUUGUGCCUGUCUCCUGAGGGAAUCCUUCAAGUUCAGCGAGACACCACAGGACAGCAACAAAAUCCCAUGUGGAAUUUCUUGCGAAAAAACAGGAUAACUGCCAGCAAUUUUGGUGUAAUACUGUCGGCUGUCCGAAGGCAGUCAUAUCCUCCAAGCCUGUACAGGUUAUGUGAGGGGUACGACUUGAGCACGAGAGAUGCCAUCAUAAGGGGUCAAGUGCAUGAGGACCAUGCAAUCCGUGAGAAUGAGAAAAAGAAGGGCAUAAAAGUGACACAGACAGAACUUUGA